AUGUCCUUUAACUCAACUCAAGCAUUCGAAACACGAAGUUCUGAAGGAAACGGUCGCUUAGGACUUAUUUGCCUUGAAACAGUCUUAUCUCAAAAGUUUCCUGUCAAUAUUGCUAACCGGUUAUUUUCGGAAGUCAUGUUACCUGAAAACCAUCCACAAGAUUCAAUCACUGAAGAAGAAGCUGAAUUAUACGAUAGACAAAUACGAUUAUGGGGUGUUGAAUCACAAAAUCGGUUAAAACAGUCAAAAAUCCUAUUGAUUGGAAUGAAUGUAUUAGCUGCUGAAAUAGCCAAAAAUAUUGUAUUGGCUGGUAUAUCUACCCUCACUAUUAUAGACGAUAAGCAAGUGACUGUUGAAGAUUGUGAGAGUAACUUCCUAAUUCCUCAUGAUUGUGUUGAUAUGAGUCGUGCUGAUGCUGUUAUUGCUCGUACACAAGAUCUCAAUCCAAUGGUUAAAGUAAAGUCUGCACAGAUGAAUGAUAAUCUUAAAGAGAUAAUACAAAAUCAGAAUUUAAUUAUUCUUGUUACUGAGUCUUCAUGCUCUGAUUUUAAACAAUGGUCAACAAUAUGCAAUAUCUUGAGUUCUAUAGAAACAAAACCAAGACCGGAUAUAAUAUGUGCAUGUGUAACUGCCUUGUUUGGACUAAUGUUUAUUGAUCUUGGUACACAUGAAUGCUUAUCUGAAGAUGUUGUAGUAAAGAAAAAGAGAGCAUUAACAGCAUCAUCUGGUUCAAUUCAGAAGUCGAAUACCACUAACGAUUCAUCGAGUACUGAAACAAUUCUUGUUAAAAAGACAUUUAAUUAUUGUCCCCUAUCAGAUAGUUUAUGCCUUAUCUCCAACAUUAAGGAAAAUGAAUCGUAUAUAAAACGUAUUCCUAAAGGAUUUCUUCUUAUGCAAGUUUUAAGUCAAUGCUGUAUUGAACAAUCACCAUACACUUUAGAGUAUUUACAAUCUCAAUGGAAAAAGGUAUCACAAAAUCUAGGCAUAAAUGAAGCAUUACUUCCCAUUGAAGAUUUAGAAUGUUGCUGUGGUCCACUGUUUCCAGCUGUUAAUCCAGUACUCGGAGGUGUAGUAUCGCAAGAAGUUAUCAGAGCUAUAACACGUAAAGGAACACCACAUGGGAACUGGUAUUUUUUCAAUGGAUCACACUGUUCGGUUACUGUGGAAUGGUUGACACCGAAUGAAAUAGAUUUAUAUUAA